AUGAGUAAUGCAGGAAUUAACAGUGAGUUACCUGAAGUUAAAGAAGUAAAUGGCAGUAUAAAUCAAGAUAAAGUUCGUAAAGGAUGGGUAAAAUUCGAUGAUGAAUCUCCAAAAGCUGACAAUGAAGCAUCAAGUGUACCACCCACCGCGGGAACCAGUACAUCCUCCGCACCGACUGAGUCUGCUGCUGUUCUAAAGACGGAAAGUGUUCAUAUAAACUUGGAAAGAGGAGACAAAAAUGUUGAGCCCGUAUCAUUAAGCACAUUAUCUAAAAAUGUUGAAUUUGUCAAUGUACGCUCAGGAUUCUCUAAUGGUGAUAUAAUUGUGACUCUGCUUCCUGUGAAUUCAAAAUGGCCUUGGGUGACAGCAGCCCGUUUUAGACCAGAACUUGUACCUGAGGAAUUGAUGGCACAAGGCUUGACUCUCACAGUUGAGGAGUAUGUUCAUGCGAUGGAACUGCUUAUUAAUGAUGCUCGUUUUACUCUGUACAACAUUUGUUACAAGCGUGUGCUUGUUUGUUGGAUAACGCUUGCAUUCCUUGUGCUACUGGCACUAUUGUUUUCUGGCCUGACUGGUCUUAUUUUGUUUUCUCUUGGAGUAUUAUGGCUGAUACUGAAUGCAGCUGCGAUUUUUCUGUGCAUGUGGAUAAAAUUGAGACUGUCAAAAGGACUGGAACAAUGUUUGGCAAGAGUUAACAAACUACUCAGUAAACAUAAAUUGAUUCUGGCUCUGGAUGAUAGAGGAAAAAUAUCUUGUCACAAAGUGAAUCUCUGCUUUAUAUAUUUUGAUUCAGGCCCAUGCAUUGCACACAUACAACAGUUUAUUGAUAGUGAAGAGGGCAAAACAAUAAUGCAGGGCUGGGAACAAAGACUUGAUGUACCAACUAAUGAUAUUGUUAUACAAGGCACUCAAUCAACCAGGUUGUCAAGGAAACAGGAACGAGGCGCUCUUCUAUUCCUACGGUAUGCGGGACGUUGGGGAACACUAGCUGUUAAAAAUAAACUUAACUUAAGUACGCUCGUUGCGGGACGUCAUGGUGAGAAAUAUGUUUGUCCCUGUCAGUACAUAGAAGAGCACCUUAAGGUAAAACCUCCUGCAGGCAUUGCAAAAUAUUUUACACUUCCUCACCAGAAUGUUCAAAUUUAUUAA